AUGGCUUCCAGCCCUGUGUCUAACAACGGCAGCGAUGCUAUCACUGAAGCGACCCCCACAGACAUCGAGCUGGCACGCAUGACCAGCUACAGCAAGCAAGAUGACAACUUCAUCGUCACAUUUGCCGAGCCUUUCGACGCAGAAAAUCCGAAAGAUUGGCGAACAGGACGCAAAUGGGCUGUCACCGACGUCCUCUCUGCGACCGGCUUCAACCGCAUCAUGGUAUCUACCAUCAUUGCGCCAGCCCUGUCAACAAUAUCCACCGAGUUCAACAAGAACUCAGCCGAGUCGGCCAUGGCACUCUCAAUCUAUCUACUCGCAACUGCAUUUGGCCCAUUGGUCAUCGGCCCCUUGUCCGAGGUCUAUGGACGCAAGCAGAUCUUGCACGUCUCAAACAUCUGGUUCGUGAUCUGGAACAUUGCUUGUGGAUUCGCCCAUAACAAAGAAACACUCAUUGCCUGUCGUUUCCUCGCCGGUUUCGGAGCUAGCGCAAUCUAUGCUUUGGCCAAUGGUGUUCUGGGUGAUGUGUGGCGACCCGAGCAGCGUGGUCGAUCACUCAGCGUGUACCUGUUAAUCCCCUUGCUCGGGGCGGCCGUUGGUCCGAUCAUUGGUGGUUUCAUGGCUAACCGCACGACCUGGCGCUGGAUGUUCUGGGCCACUUCUAUAUUCCAAGCUGUUAUGAUAUUGGUGUCGUUCACAGCGUUUCGGGAAACAUACGAGCCGCUGAUCCUUCGAAAGCGAGCAGAUAGAAUCCGUCGCGAAACUGGUGACACGCAGUAUUAUACGCUGGACGAACGUCUUCACGCCGAAAAUUCAGCAGUGCGAGUUUUGGGACGCGCUUUGAUCAGACCUGUUCGACUCCUCAUUUUCCAUCCGAUUAUUCAAAUUGCUUCGCUCAUCUCGGCAUUUUACUACGGUAUUCUCUACAUCGUCCUCUCCACAUUCUCCGACUUGUGGAUCGACCAGUAUCACCAGUCCGUGGAGAUCAGUGGUUUGCAUUAUAUUGCUGUUGCCCUAGGUGAGAUCGCGGGAAGUCAGAUCUGCGGCAAACUGAUGGACAGUCUAUAUCAUCGUCUCAAGGCUCGCGCCAAUGGGGAGCACGCACCCGAACUACGGACACCUUCAGUUUUCCCGGGUGCUCUUCUCGGCCCACUGGGCUUGUUCCUCUACGGAUGGGCCGCUCAGUAUCGUCUCCACUGGGCUGUGGUUGACAUUGGAGCCUUUAUUGCGAUGCUCGGAAUGCAGAUCACAAGUAUGCCGUUGCAGGCUUAUGUUAUGGAAGCCUACCCGGAGCACACGAGCAGCGCGGGAGCUGCUUCGCAAUUUGCGCGCAGCUUAACUGCGUUUUUGUUCCCUUUGUUUGCGCCCACGAUGUACAAUGUGCUUGGGUACGGAUGGGGAAAUACCACUGUUGCACUCAUAGGACUAGCUGUAGGCUUGCCGGCUCCGUUGGUCAUCUGGUAUUCUGGGGCGAAGCUAAGAGCUAGAGCACAGCCGAUCUAUUAG